AAUCCGGAAGCUCUGAGAGAAGGCGAGAUGAAAUUUCCUGGUGUCUGUGCCUUUAAUCUUGGUGUGUUUUCACUCAGCACUUUGGCACUUUCUUUGGCUUAUUUGCUGUAUCAUCUGGAGAAUUCUGACCCAGGGCCUCUACCCAUUUCUAGUAUGUCUCAGGAUAUAAAUAAUCUCCGAGAAGUGUACAAGACACUGAAUAAAUCUUGUUUCAUUCUUGGAGCUUCUGGGGAGACAGGGAAAGUGCUGCUGAAAGAUAUUGUUCAAAGCCAACUCUUUGCCAAAGUCACACUUAUCGGCCGCAGAAAACUAACCUUUGAGGAUGCCACCUACGAGAAUGUAGUCCAGGAAAUUGUUGAGUUUGAGAAGCUGGACGAAUAUGCGGCUGCUUUCCAAGGCCAUGAUGUCGGGUUCUGCUGUUUAGGGACAACCCGGGCCAAAUCUGGGGCGGAAGGCUUCUUUCGAGUGGAUCAUGAUUAUGUAUUGAAGUCAGCUCAACUUGCAAAAGCUGGAGGGUGUACUCACUUUAACUUGGAGUCUUCAAAAGGAGCAGAUAAGAACAGUUCCAUUCUAUAUACAAAAACCAAGGGUCAGGUGGAAGCUGAAAUUGAAGAGCUGGAUUUUGACAGAUACAGCAUUUUUCGUCCUGGAGUUCUGAUGUGUGACAGAGAAGAAUCGAGACCCAUGGAAUGGAUGGCAAGGAAAUUUCUUACUCCUGUGGCUUACAUGUUUCCAACUGCAAUAACAACCCCUGUGUCGGUGUUGGUAAAGGCCAUGAUGACCAAUGUUGUACUUCCAGCUGACAAGAAAAUGGAAUUGUUUCAGAAUAAACAUAUCCAUGAGCUUAGUAAACUUGGAGAAACUAAGGCCAAGUAGCAUUAUCCAAAGUUGACUUUCCAAGUGCAUACUGCUUUCCUUGGCUUUCUUUUACCUUUGAAUUGGUUUAAUCCGUCUUCUUACUGGUGUUCUGUUAUCACAUUAACAUUUAUAUUGAGGAUUGCUUUAAAAGGACAUGUUUUGUUGAAGUUUUGAAUUGAUAUUCUUGCAAAUUGUCCUGAAUUAUGCAAGCUUCAACAAAUUGUGUUUUUCUUCGGCGAUAACAGCUGUCUCUUCGUGGUGCUGCACGGGACAGGGUCUGUUUGGUUUCUGUUUUUUGGGAGGCGUCUGGAUUGGGAUUGGUUAAGUUGAAAUUUGAUGAAGAUAGACCACAAAUAAAAAAUCUCCCACAGCAUGUUAUGAUCCCAGACAGAUCAGCAGCUUUACAUUACAAUCCAGGGAUCAGUGACUUUAUUUUAAAGUAGAUAAUCCCAUGUACUAUACUGAGGCAGUAAAGCCAUGCAAUUCCAAGGUUUUGAACAAACGAAAAUAAAUUUUACAUCAGCAAAAUAAGUACAAAUAACAUUCGAACAUCUGUAAUUAGCAGGAGAUGAAUGGUGAAGUCAGACAAAUUGAUAUCUAACAACCUAUCAUAUCAGAUAGCAAAGGUGGUCCAGACAAGUUCCACACUAUUUCACCAAAACACCCCACCCCAGACAUUAGUUACACUCUGGGUCAUCAAAUCUCUUUAAAACUUCACAAAGGAUUCCAAUUCUUCACUUUUGAAGAUUUGACUUGAAGCUCAUUGGAAAACUGUAAUGUCAUGGAACGUCUGAAAAGCCUGUUCAUUUCCUUUUGGGUGAGCUUCUUUUCUUGGCCAUGUGGCUCGCCUGGAUUCCUGAAAUUGCACUCUGCUGCCUACUCAUUGGCACAAUUUCAGCAUGUCCACAGAGAGCUAGCAUCACCAAGCUGGUAGUGCCACAUAGCUGCACCAAGCAAAUGCUGCUUGUGGGUUGCCUUUGCCUCCACUCCCAGCUGCAUUGAAUUAUUACUGGAUGGACAGUUCUUCUAAUCUUCCACCACUCCUGUGGCAUUUUCUGAGCCCUAACCCAAAGCACUUUGCUGCACCUUAUGGCUUCCAGUGUGUCUCAGAGCCCAAACUGUAUUGUCCUAUCACAGCUCCUGGUGUUCCUUCUUGAGCCUGACUACACAGAACCGGUGAACUUUCAUCUUCUCAAUGGCACUGUUAACAAAAGCAAUUUUCCUGUGGAAUAGCUGAUUCUUUUUAAGUAACUGACUCAAAUUGAUUCUGACCCUUGAACUGCACUAUGUGCCCUACGGAAAACUUUACAACAACCCCACUCUCAUCCCUAGAUAGGGUUGAAUGUAGCAACCGCUGGAACUGUUGAUUAUAAUAACAAUUAGAAUACCCCAAUCCCAGAACAUUACAAUAUUCGUGCAUUGUUGCCUUACAUAAUACAAUUGGAAACCACAAAAAAGAUUUCAUCACAACAGUCUGAUAGUCAGCUCAAUUUCUAUUACCUUAACCUCUAUAUAUUCGUAUUCACUUUCCACUCUGAAUAGAACAUUCAACGUGAGUGGAUUUUGAUUUUUGUUCUGUACUGUAUUAAUUAGCAGACAAAAAUUACAAUUGUGUAAUGAUUUUGUUUCAUUUUAUACGUAUAAUUUGUAGGGAUCUAUAAUCACUUUGAAGACAACGUGGCAUUUUUAUCCAUUGUGGGGGCAUUCUUCCACAGUUUGCACUGAUCAUAUUGUUUUACUAAAUUAUUGUUUUUAUUACAGGCCUUAAUCUGUAGCUGUCUCAUCUCUGAAAGUGACGAAAAUGCACUGGAGUGAGCAUAUCUCAGGUUUUAGAACUUUAUUUGACUUUGUACUACCUUGUAAGUACCAUAUCAGGCACACUACAAAAACCCGGACUGCUUCCAGGGCAGUACUGGUUGAUAAAUUUAAACACACUUCUAAUUUUAAAAUGUACAGUAUUUCUUUCAUUGAGCCAAAGUGUGAAAUUGGAUCAGAUUUGGCCUGCAACUGCAUCUGGAGUUUUGACUGUAUUUCAUGAGGUGAUGUGAUUGGGAGUUAAAAAGAGAGAAGUGCUAGUAACCAAAUCUCUUACUCUAUCCAGAAACCUAUGACUAUCAUCCAACACGGUUUUGCAAGAAAUCAUGCAAUAAAAUAUCUAGAAGUCAAUGUAGGAUUCUGUAAUAGUGGUUAUCGUUGUGAAAUCUCUUCUGUCUCAGUGUUGUCAUGUGUCAAAUCUUCAGCGUGUUUUGGCUGAUACUUGUAGAAAUUACUGUUCUCUUGUUUUGCCUUGUGCUUUUAUAGCUUUGAGUUUAUUUUUCAAUGAUUAGUUUGUAGCUUAUGUAUGUAUAAUGAUCAGACAAGGAAUGUAUACAUAUUAUUUUCAGUUUAAUUGUGGUUAAUAUAAGACACUGUUAGCCUUUGUCUGUUGCUGUGCUCCUGCUGGUGAAAUUGUCUGUAUGUCCCCAGGCUGAUAUAAAUGCAGUGAUGGAGGAGAUUUAGUUUUCAUAACCAUUUUCAAUGUAAACAUACUUUGAAGGUUUAGUUUGAGAAUGUGUUUUUUCAGUAUUGGUUUCAAGGGAAUUGGUUACUGUCUUUUACUACACAACUGACUUCUAUACAUAUUUUACUUUGGAAUUAUGUUUUGCAAUUUUUAAUGUAAUAAUUUCUUAUUAAAAAAUCUAGGUUAUGGAGAUUUAUUAAAAUAUUAAGGUUUGUUUCUUGACAAAGUGAACCCUGUCUCUGGAGAACAUGAGGUAUUGUUAUCUUUACAAAGUUAAAUUGAUACAGACUCUAACAGUCCCUGUGAGCCCACAAGUAAAAUAAAGUUAUUU